CCGAAGGGAAGUGUUUGAGAGGUAUAUAAACGAGAUGACAAGGUGUAGAACUUGUUAUUUGAAUGUAAAGCAUACAUACUGAGUUUUUUGUUUUUUUUUUAUUUAAAUAUUAAAAUGAAGAUAGUUUGUUUAAUACCAUUUGUGGUUGGUCUUAUUGGCUUUGAUAAAUGCCAAAAAGAUUCACCAGAAGUAUGGAAACAUGGUCCAGAGUAUACAUUUCGUAUGAAAGUAAAUGCAUCAUUGUCAUAUCCAAAAUUAAGUAAUAAUGCAUUUUCAAAUUUAACAAUAAUUGUUAAAUGUCGUCCAUUUUCAACUGAAAUUAAUCAAGAAAAUGAUGGUUUACAAUGUUACGUACAUAGUGCACAAAAACAAAAUCAUGAUAUUAUACAAUCAACAAAAUUACCAAAAAUACAUGCUGAUAGACCAACAUUACCAUUUGACAUUGGUAAUAAAACAUUUGAAAUAUUAUUUAGUAAUAAUGGAGUUAAAGAUAUACGUGUAGAAUUACCAAUAUCAAAUUGGCGUCUCAACAUGUUUAGAGCAAUAUCAUCACAAUUAAAUUUUGGUUUUAAUGGUUUCGAUAAAGAUGAAGAUACAUUUACAAUUGAACAAAAUGAAAAUUCAACAAUUGGUAAUUGUUAUACUAAAAUUGAAGUAUCGUUGGCUAAGUACAUGUAAAAAUACAUCAAUAGCAUACAUAUCCACUUGUUGUUAUAAACAAAACAAGAGAUACAAAUAAAUGUCAAAAAUAUUCACCAUAUUUAUAUUAUUUUAUGGAUAUGUUUGUUUUUUUAAUACAAUUUAAUUUAUUGCAGGAAUCAUCAGUGAGUGGUUUUGCAUUGGCACCACAAAGUUUUGGCUCUCACACAAUUAACAAAGGUACAUUGACUUAUACAAAUGUCAAAAUAAGUAGUCCAACAAUGGAACAUAUUGAUCUUCGUCUUGUUUCAAUUGAUCCAGCAAUAAAAGAAUUAAAACGUCUUGAUAAACCUGGUAUUUCUACUCUAGCUUCAGGUGAUACUAUUGAAAAAAUUGCUACUCCAAAAACUGUAUUAAAAUAAUUAAAAUAAAUUCAAUAAUUUUAAAUAAAUAUUAAUAAAUAAGCUAUAAUUAAAUUUUAUUAAUCUAUUUACUUUUUAAUAUAUAUAUUUUUUGAAUUACAAUUAAAAUUCAUGGUUCAAAUUCCAUGUACAUUUUUAUUUUUCUUAUUAUAAAAUUAAUCCUAGCAUCAAUUUUAUUUGAUGUUUAACAAAAAAAUUUAUGAUGACUGAUUUUUUUUUUAUUUUAUUUUAUUUUAUCAUUUUCUCUCUCUCUCUUUCAUACAAUUUUCAAUGAAUAAAUUGCAAAUGGCCCAGAAUUAAAUAUUACAGUAAAAAUUGUAAAAUUGUCUUUUUAUUUUUGCACUCACUCGAGGCGAUACAUGAUUUUAUUAUAUUUAAAUAUUUUAUAUACGUAUAGAUGUAAUUAAAUUACUUGAUUUUUUUAUUUUUUGCUCUUAUUUUUUAAAAAUUGAGUCUUUCGUUGAUUUUUUUUUUCUCUUUUAAAUUACCACGUAAUAUCGUUCUCCAAACGAAACAAUUUGUAAGUACAGUUUUGUCAUAUUUUAUAAAUAUUUAUAAAUUAUACAUUGAUGUGAUUAUUAAAUAUAAAAUUUAUGAAAAAAAAAAAAAAAUUUAUUACAGGAUGUUGAUUGACAUUUUAUCAAAUCCAAUGGCACAUCAACUUUGCUAUUAUUUUUUUUUAUUUUUAUCAGUAAAUAUUGUG